AUGUUACACAGUCAAAGCAUAUCUAAUAUGAACAAUACCAAAUCAUCUUCAAGCUUUUUAAAGUCUUUGAGAUCUAAGAAAUCAGAUACCAAUAUUAAAAACGGUUCUACCAAGAGCAAACGGAAUUCACGUCCUUUGAGUGCCAGUAUCUCCUCAUUCAAUCUUAAUAUAUCUCUGCCCAUAUUAACUUCCCAAAAAAGUUUUAUUGAAGACAAUAAAGAAAACCAAAAUGGUGUAAAGACAUUAAGACCUCGUUCAAGUGCUCCAAUUCUAGCUGAACAUCAAUCGAAAAAUCUUUCAUCACAAACAUUAUCACGUCCACCACUUUCUUCAAAACGAUAUUCAUCAUACUAUUCUACCAGUAGUCAAAUUAGCCCACAAACUGUUCAAUCACAGAUAGAUUCGAUAUUUGAUGAAUCUUCAGUACUAUAUGUUGAUUUGGAAAAUGAAGAAAAUUUGUCAUCAUCCAAUUCAUCGUUAUCAUCGAUAGUUAAUCAAGAUCAUACUUAUCUACAAAACAAAAUCCAUCGAUCAAUUAAUUCCUACAACUUGUCUGAUUUUGUAAAUCGAAUGAAUAGUAACAACAAUAACGAUAAUAAUGCCAAUGUGGAAAAAAAUAAGUCGUUUGAAUUGGACCAGUUGGCACAAUGGAAUGCCAGACUUACUGGAAUUAAUAAUGUUAAUAACAACGUUGGCGAAUUUGAAACUGAAUUCAAGUUGAUGGAAAGUAUCCUUGUUUUAUCAGUAACUAAUAAGAGUAGCCUUGCCGGUGUCUCUGCCAGAAAAAAUAUUCUUGCUGUUGACGAUUAUUCAAAUGUUUUCAAAUCAGAAGAUUACGUAGAAGAAGAUUUAAUAUUUAGUUUAUAG